CGACGACACGACUAUCCGGCAGUAGGUUGCAUCGCAUGUGGUGCAUUGAGUCGCAGUUUUCAGUUUAACUGCGCUAAACCUGUCUGGGAGAUACACACUAACGUAUCUGCCAUCAUGGGGAUAAAAUUUUUGGAAUUCGUAAAGCCGUUUUGUGCAGUUCUCCCGGAAAUCGCAAAGCCAGAUAGAAAGAUUCAAUUCAAGGAAAAGGUGUUAUGGACUGCCAUCACUUUAUUCAUCUUUCUUGUGUGUUGUCAGAUUCCCCUCUUUGGAAUCAUGUCCUCAGAUUCGGCUGAUCCGUUUUACUGGAUGAGAGUCAUUCUUGCUUCCAACAGAGGUACCUUGAUGGAACUUGGUAUUUCACCCAUUGUAACAUCAGGAUUGAUUAUGCAGCUGUUAGCUGGAGCAAAGAUCAUUGAAGUUGGUGACACUCCAAAAGACCGAGCUCUCUUUAACGGAGCCCAGAAGUUGUUUGGUAUGGUGAUCACAGUGGGACAAGCCAUUGUUUAUGUGAUGACAGGAAUGUAUGGCGAUCCAUCUGAUAUUGGCAUGGGGGUUUGCAUGCUCAUCAUUAUUCAACUGUUCGUAGCUGGAUUAAUAGUGUUGCUGUUGGAUGAAUUGCUCCAAAAAGGAUAUGGUUUGGGCUCUGGUAUCUCACUGUUUAUUGCAACAAACAUCUGUGAAACAAUUGUAUGGAAAGCAUUCAGUCCUGCAACAGUAAACACUGGUAGAGGCACAGAAUUUGAAGGAGCUGUGAUUGCUUUGUGUCACCUAUUGGCCACAAGAACUGACAAAGUCCGCGCCCUCAGGGAAGCUGUCAACAGACAGAAUCUGCCUAACUUGAUGAACCUUCUGGCUACUGUAUUUGUAUUUGGUGUUGUCAUUUACUUCCAGGGAUUCCGUGUGGACCUGCCUAUCAAAUCAGCUCGUUACCGUGGACAACAGAGCUCUUACCCAAUCAAACUGUUCUACACUUCAAAUAUUCCCAUUAUCUUGCAGUCUGCUCUUGUAUCCAAUCUUUAUGUCAUCUCUCAGAUGUUGGCCACAAAAUUUAGCGGAAAUUUCUUUGUGAAUUUAUUGGGCGUUUGGGCUGAUGUUGGCGGUGGCGGCCCAGCCAGGUCCUACCCUGUUGGAGGUCUGUGUUAUUACUUAUCUCCGCCAGAGACAUUUUCACAUAUAGCAGAAGAUCCUAUACAUGCAGUAUUAUACAUCAUCUUUAUGUUGGGAUCCUGCGCAUUUUUCUCUAAGACAUGGAUUGAUGUAUCAGGAUCAAGUGCAAAAGAUGUUGCUAAACAACUUAAAGACCAACAGAUGGUCAUGAGAGGUCAUCGAGACAAGUCCAUGAUUCAUGAGCUUAACAGAUACAUCCCAACAGCUGCUGCCUUUGGUGGUCUAUGUAUAGGAGCUCUAUCUGUUCUGGCUGAUUUCCUUGGAGCCAUUGGAAGUGGUACUGGAAUCCUGCUGGCUGUCACCAUUAUUUAUCAAUACUUCGAAAUUUUCGUGAAGGAGCAAAGUGAAAUGGGAGGAAUGAGCACACUGUUGUUCUAAGAAACUAAAUUCAUAAUGUAUUAAGUGAUUCAUAAUGUGUCAAGCAUCUACAUGCUAAACAUGUAGAGUGAUGCUGCCAUCGGAAAGCUGAGGGGUCAUAAUACUUUACUUCUUGUGUCAAUCGAUAGGAUUGUGGCUCCAUAUUUAAACAUUACAUCCAGGAUGACAAACAUCUUGUACUUAAAGGAUCUGCAUUCUUAUGCCGAAGAUGGUUUUUAAAAAAAAGUUCAUUUAACAAAGGCUUUUUGUCAGUUUUAAGACUUUAGUUAAAGCCAAAUGUGAUGAACAGAAAAUAAAAUUUUCAAGAAAGGCAUUGGUAGUUUGGCAGCUUCAAGUAAAUAAUUGAAAUAACAAUGUUUCUUGGUUUUCAAUUGCAUGCAUUUUGAUAAAUUGAAGUGAUAAAUCAGAAGUUUUCAAUCAUAAAUAUCUACAUUAGGUAGAAACCUCAAGAAGUAUUUCUGUUAAAAUAUUGAAGACAUGUAUAUUAUUGGUAGAUUUUUUUAAAAACAAAAUGAAUUUAGUCAUUUCAUAUUUAUAUUAUUCAUCAAGGACAACAUAGAAAUCUCUAUCUCCUGUUUGCUCUGGGUUUUGGUCAUUAUGUGUCGAGUAAGUGAGGAUUGUAAGAGACGGUGAAAAUGCAGGUUGUUUUACCUAAAGGUGUUCAACAUUAAAUGUCCUCUUGAUGUUG